GUCCCGCCCCCUUCCCCAGUGAAGCUCUGUAAGGUCCCUCCUGCCGGGGCGAAUUCUCUCGGUCACAGCCUGACGUCAGGGCGCUACCGGCUCGAUACAGCCAAUCCCCGCCCAGCCGACGUUUCACCGUGACAUCCCGCCGGGGGCAACGCGAACCUGCUGAAGGGAAAUGUCGCUGCAGUGGAACAGCAGCAGCAGCAGCAGCUCUCUCAAGGUCCGACACCUCAGCAAGGACCAGAACCAGUUCUCGGAACAACUCCAUAAGUCUCUGAUAAUGAACAAAGACAGGAAUCAAGUGACGGAGAAGAUUCUGAAUCUCACCCUGGAGAUUAUCUUCCUGCUGACUGGGGAGGAUUAUAUGGUUGUGAAGAAGCAGGAGCCCGGGGACACAGUCGGCAGCCCCUAUGAGUCGCCCCAAGAGCGGCACAAGAGCCCCCACGUACACCCCACACUGGAUAUUACAGGCGACAGAGACAGGGGGCAGAAGGAAAGUGAGGGGCUUCUGGGCUCCGCCUCUCCUGCUAUCGAAAUACGGACCAGGCACGAUCCGGGGCUUUUAAAGGAGGCAAAAGCGAAAGAAAUACAAAUAGGUACCAUAAAGAAGAGACAAACAGCGCCGAAAGCUCUAAGGCCCAAUUACUCACCGGAUCGGAUAGAGAAGAAUAUCCAGAACACACAGGAUUAUCAGACUGACCCCAAACAGGCGGCCUUUCUGUGUAAGGAGGAAGAGAUUCCUGUAUCCAUCGGCCAAGACUGCAUCAUUGUACGGUCAGUGAAAACGAGGAAUGAGCCGGAACUGAGUGUCCGAGAGCGUCAGAACCGCAAGGAGAAGAGAAUUCUCCCAGCUCCCCAUGCAGACGCAGCCAGUGACAGGAAGGAAUCAGCCAGAAGCCACAUGAACCCCUACUCCCAUCUGGGCACAGAGGAAGUCCCCAACAUCCCGCAGGAUUAUCAGAUUGAACCAGAUGUGAUCCAACCCCAGCAGUGUAAAGAGGAGGAGCUUUCUUCUGAAUUCACUACAGUGAUUUUAGAUUUUGGUGAAUCCGACGUGAGUGAUGAUGAGCAGCCGGAGGAGGGGAUCCAUGCGGGCACCUGUGUGGUAGGCGGAGCUAUGACGCCAGAGGGCCAGGCUAACGCGCACCUCCUGUCGCUGUCGGACGAAUACCCCGAGAGCUUCUUGUACCAACCCGACGCCGACGCGCAGCACAAACUCGCGGGGAGGGAGCCGUUCUCCUGCUUCGAAUGCGGCAAGUGUUUCCCGUACAAGUCGGGGCUCAUCACCCACCAGCGGGUUCACACCGGGCAGAAGCCCUUCUCCUGCGCCGACUGCGGCAAAUGCUUCAAGGACAAGUCGGUUCUGUUCAAGCACCAGAAGAUCCACACAGGGGAGAAGCCCUACGCCUGCUCCUACUGCGGCAAAUGCUUCCUGUACAAAUCCACGCUGGUCACGCACCAACGCACCCACACCGGCGAGAAACCCUUCGAGUGCACCGUGUGCGGCAAAUGCUUCGGGGACAAGUCGGUUCUGCUCCGGCACAAAAAGAUCCACACGGGGGUCAAGCAGUUCUCCUGCUCCGAAUGCGGCAAGCGAUUCACCCGCAACACCAGUCUGGUCACGCACAGGAAGAUCCACAGGAGAUGAGCCAAUAGAAUCGCGACUCCGCCCCCCCCCCGUCCGUGGGCUCCGCCCCCCCCCCGACCCAAACUGCCCGGCACAUUACAGACUGACAGGUUCUGACUGUGGGAAUCGCUGCAAAUAUUCAUGUGUUGCUAUGGUGAUGGUAAGAGCGGCAGCGCCGGGGUUUCCGUGGAAUCGAUAUCCAGCUAUGCAUUAUGGGGAAUGGGGGGAUUCAACGCAAAAAAAAACUUGUUUUAUUGAUAAAAUAAUGAUCUUAAUCUGUUUUUAAAUGUGGUUUUAUAAACACGGAAACACGUUCA